AUGGACCGGAGUGGGACUAGAAGAAAGAAAGAUAAGAAUUUGCUUUCUGAACAAGCGCUGCGACACUUGGGUAAGGGACGCGGAGACGGAUACCGAUUCAAGGAAAGAGCUUCUAGUGAUACCGAUUACCGAUUCACUGAUAGCGAACAAGCAACUGAGGACAGACUUUACUUCAUGAUAUUGAUAGUGUACAGGCUGAGUCUUGAAGAAAUCGAGAAGAAAAGAUUGAUUUCACCUAGCUCGGUAGGCUGUGCUAUCUUUCUUUCUUGCGUCCUUUCAAGCAAAGCAGCAAUAGCUGUGCUUGUACAGGACUCGAGCAAGAUUUUUUCUAAUCGCAGCGGAACAAAAAAAGAUAUCGUUAUUCCAUUCUUUCUAUGCUGCGCCACAGCUCCAUUAGUUUUGCCGCCUCAAGAGAGAUGA